AAGUGUUCGUUGUACAUUAUGUUUCUAAAUUAUGAAACAACAGCAUUAUACAAUUAUAUUAACCAAGACACCCAAGUUGGAAAAAUAUAGCCACCUAUUAUACUUUUUAAAAUACAGGCAAACAAAAAAAUGGAUAGAUACAUCAUGGGAUACAUGUAAUAGCAUGGGCCAUAUAAGCUUUUUGGGAAUUUGGGAAUACCAGGUAAGCAAGAAUAUAACUGUUUAUUACUAAUAAUGGAGAAUGUUCUAUGUUCAGUACGAUUACGAAUCUUAAAAGUCUGCUUUGCAACACUGAUAAUCUUCGAAUUCAUAUUUUUAUUGAACUUUCCCGUUGCGAAGGAUACUCUUUUGCGUUUAGGUAAUAUCAAGGCACUAAGAAAAAGUGAAAUGCCUUCGACUGAUAGCAAGAUUUCUCGCAAUGACAGAAGUAAUACCAAAAAGGACACGAACGUUGAUAGAACAAUAUCAGCAGACUUGAAAAGGGCAAGUGACAUUUAUAGAAACAACACUAACACCAACAAGGCCACGGUCAUGGAUAGAACAGUAUCAGGAGAUUUAACAGAGGCGAGUCACGUUUACAAGAACGCAACUACGCUGUGGUCUAAACAUUCGGAAUGUACGGGCGACGUCACUCUAGCACCAGUGGAUCUCCGGAUUAUUUUGCUUACACAAAAAAGAACUAAAUCUCUGAAGGCAUGUUUAGAUCAUAUUAAUAACGCUGAAUAUCACGGUGAGAAGGUGGUUUUGGAUAUCUGGAUUGACAGAGAGAAAAACACAGAAGCGCUCAAUAAAGAACAUUUCGAAAUGGUAAAAAAAUUCACUUUUAAAUCGCACAUCAUAAAAUGCGUCCAUAUCCAAGACAAGCAUGUGGGUAUAUACGGGCAAUGGAUAGACACUUGGAAUAUUGGCCCGAAUAAUAAAGAAAUCGGCGUCAUACUUGAGGACGAUGUUGACGUCUCGCCGUAUUUUUAUAAAUGGCUAAAAAGUGUACAUUUGAAAUACCAACACAGAGAAGACGUUUCGGGAGUUGGUCUCUCAACAACUUACCCCGAUCCCGUCGCGGAUAGAGACUCAUGUUGGGGCAGAAUGAACGCUACGGGACAACGACGGAAUAAAUGCAAUAAAGUCCGAGUCCCUUUAAAGAACAAUACAGUCUACAUGUAUAAGAUACCAACGACCUGGGGAUUUAGCCCUAAAUUGUCAAGUUGGAAAAAGUUUCAGACUUGGUACCAUGACAUAAGGCGAUCUAACAAAACCUUUAGACCCAUCAUUGACGCCAAAAUAAUCCACAACACGUGGUAUAACUAGAGAUCUAACGAUCUAAGAUUGCAAGCAAUCUUACGGAGGCCCUAUAUUCGUUUCUGAACAUUCAAAGGCCAGCCAAAGGUCAAAUCUCUAAUACAAGGUCAUAUAUGAACUCCAGACAACUUGUAGAUGAUUUUUAAAAAAGGUUUGGUCGAAUUAAUGCAAGUUGAAAUUUGACCUUGAAAAAUUCCGAAAUUUGACCUUUUUUCAGUUUUUGAGCUAUAAUAUCUCAAAACUGGAGCCAAAUUUUAAUAGAUAAUCAAUUGCUAAUAUGUGAAGAACCUUUAGUAGAGGAAUAUAUAUUCUGACUUUCAUUUAAAAAUAUUGAUUUGUAGUCUCCAAUUUUGAGAAACUUAAAAAACACAAUUUGUGAUUUCGUUUGAUGACCUUGACCUUUGACCUUGCAAAUUUUACUUUUUUUAGACCUCAGAAGGUCUUUUGUGAAUAAAUAUACCUAAAUUUGAAUCCAGAAAAUCGAUUUGAAAAAUCAACUUUUUUGACCUUUCGGAGGUCACUGAAGGUCAACCAAAGGUCAAAGGUCAAAAGUAAGGUUAGAUUUGGAAUCCUGAGAACUUGUAGAUGAGUUUUAAAAAAAAAUUGGUCAAUUUGAAGCAAGUUGAAAUUUAGUCUUGAAAAGUUUCGAAAUUUGACCUUUUUUCAGUUUUUGAGUUCCCAUAUCUCAAAACUGGUACAUAAUUUUAAUAAAUAGUCAAUUGCUAAUAUGUGUAGAACCUAUAGAGGAAUAUAUAUCCUGACUUUCAUGAAAAAAUAUUGAUUUGUAGUCUCCAAUUUUGAGAAACUUAGAAAACACAGUUUGUGAUUUAGUUUGAUGACCUUGACCUUUGACCUUGCAAAUUUUACUUUUUUAGACCUCAAUGGGUCCUUUGUGAUCAAAUAUACCUAAAUUUGAAUCCAGAAAAUCAAUUUGAAAAAACAACUUUUUUUACCUUUCGAAGGUCACUGAAGGUCAACCAAAGGUCGGAGGUCAAAAGUAAGGACAUAUUUGAGUUCCUGAGAUCUUGUAGAUGAUUUUUAAAAAAAAAUCUGGUUCAUUUGAAGCAAGUUGAAAAAUGACCGAUUUUUGCCGAUUUUUGACGUCAAAUAUCUCAAAAACGGUAAAAAAUUAACGCGUACAUAUAGUGAGCAAUUUGUAGAGAAUGCUUAUAUCUAGUUACAUUUUAAUUCAUCGCAAGAAAUAAUGAAGUAUGAGGACGAAAUCUGAGAAACUUAAAAAAAGCUUAGAUUUGACCUAGAUUUUGACCUUUGACCUUGACCUAGAUAAAAAUUCCUUUCCCGCCAAGUUCAGCCCAGGUCCCUAGUAGGACUAUGUAGUAGCUAGUUGAAAGUUAGUCGGAAGUAGGAGAAAAAGAGGGAGGAAGAAUAAAUAACUAGACUUUGGAAAUUG